AGGUUCAUCGAACCCUGCAUUGAAGACACCAUGACGUCUGCAGCUGUCGAUUUUGCUAGAGUCGCCACGGUGAUGGUCGACUGGCAGACAGAGCAGUACGAGAAAGAGAACAGAGAGCUGCAAUGGACGCUCUUCUGGUCAGUGUACAACUCGCGCAAGUUGAAUCACUGGCUACAGAAGCUCUCGAGGAGGCUGGGGUGCAGGUGCACUGACUGUCAGAGCCUCGGUGCCGCCCAGGAGGAUUCUGAAUGUAAGACCAUGGAAUGGCUGGAUGAAAACGUCCGUUCUAUUGGCAUGAAAGCAGUUCCAUGUGAUUGUUUGCUUCCUGACUGCUGCUCCAAGUCGAGUCCGGCAAAGGGUCACUAUUGCGAGAAGAAGUUUUCAGUCUUUGUAGUCAGUGAUAGCCAUUUCGUUCAUUCUCGUGCUGGGAUUCGAUACGGAUCUUUAAUAGACAACAUCAAGACGAUCGACGAUCCGGAGUCAAAGAAGCUGCAAGAAUUGUUUCGAAGGAUUGUAUACGCCUGCGAUCAUACUUACAACUGCUGGGGCAUCAUGGGGGAGCUUGUCACUGAUGUGAAAAUCAUGUCGAUCUUUGUUGAGAUCAGACAGUCCCUACUGAAGAAACUUAGUGUGAUAACGAUCUCAAAGGAGUGUUAGUCUCGAUCAGCUCCUUAUCUCAUAGUAUGAAGAUGGAUAUCUCAUAGUGUGAACAUGGCCAUGUCAUUACAAGCAGUAGAACUGUCUCUACCUUCU